UAUUGAAAGUCAAGUAUACUGAACUAUGGAAUUCGAAAGUGAACAUUUGGUGCUUAUAUUGUAAAAUCUCAGAAACGUCGCUUCCUUGCACACUUCUGAUGUCAUAUACUUAUGUAAAAUAAAUUACAAAGGAACUUAAACUGUUGGGUGGCACUAGCACGGUUUAAAGUUGUAGUUUAGCAAAGCCCUUACGUCUGUGUCAUUAAGUAAUACAUUAUUCAACUAAGCUAACGCUGUGGGAAUGAUGUAUUAGUUUAGGAGGGGAGGGGUAUCACCGCACAGUGGAACUUUCCUCUGCAGCUGUAGGAUAACGGGUCUGUAAGAGAGGAAUGGGGGCGGGAUCAAUGGGAAGGGAGAAAGCGACCCUUGGAAAAAAGUAAAGUUUCCAGUAAAAUGGCUGCUUGCGCAGCAGGAGGUCUCUGUAUUCUCUGAGGCCUGUUCGCCCCGCUUCCCAGAGACGAUGAAUCCCAGCAGAAUCAAACCACAAGUCCAGGCGGAGCAGGAGGCAGAGGAGAGAAGAAGGAAGAAGAAGAGGGAGCAAGAGAAGAAAGCAGCCCCGGGCUCUCCGUCCCUGCAGCCCCAGGACAUGGUGGAGAUGGAAACAAUCGCUAGGCAGGAACAGCCGGCACCUCCAGGUGGAGCGACCCCGUCCCCGCUCUCCUCCUGUUCCAGACAGGCGUGGAGUAGGGACAACCCUGGCUUCGAUGCGGAGGAAGAUGGCAUGGAGGAGGAGGAAGAUGGCGAAGAGGGCAUGGUGGUGGAGAUGGACGUGGAGUGGCAUCCAUCCGCGGGGCCUGGCAGAAGAUCCUCCUCUUUGGUGUCCUCCAGCAGCGGGGGGAGCACCGGCUUGGGGGGUUAUCAUCACCACGGCCAGAGAGGCCGAAAGAGGAGGGGGGAGACUGGCGUGGGAGCUGGGCGCAAUGGGCACCACACGGAACAGCCCCAGGAGUUACACGGAGCAGCAAAGUUACUGCACAGGGUGAGAGGACUUUGGGGUACACGCUAUACAGAGGAACGAAUAGCAAGUAGAGAGAAAUAUCUGAAAAUUGUUUUCCGAGAAUUAAUUACCUACAUUGUGUUUCUUGUCAUUGUUUGUGUUUUAACUUACGGUAUGGUGACCUCCAGCAUGUUCUACUAUAAAAAGGGCAUGACUCAGCUUUUUCUUGACGGUCCAGUCUCAAAAGAUGAAAGAACCAACUUCAAAACUUUGAUAACAAUGGAUGAUUUCUGGAAGUUUAUGGAAGGUCCCUUGAUGGAUGGUCUGUACUGGGACAUGUGGUACAAUAAUCGGACAAUGGCAGAGAAUAAUAGUUUCAUAUACUAUGAGAACCUACUGUUAGGGGUGCCACGCCUUCGCCAGCUCAGAGUUAAGAAUGGAUCCUGCUCUGUGCCAGAGGAUCUGAAGGAUGAGAUCAAAGAUUGCUAUGACAGCUAUUCUGUAAGAAAUGAAGAGACCACACCUUUUGGACUCCGCAAUGGAACAGCAUGGACAUAUACUAAGGAAAAGGAUUUGAAUGGCAGCAGUCAGUGGGGUGUCAUCUCCGUGUACAGUGGGGCUGGAUAUUACUUAGACUUGUCAAGGAACCGAGGAGAGAGUGCUGCCCAGAUUGCAAUACUAAAGAAUAACCUGUGGUUGGACAGAGGCACCAGAGCAGUGUUUAUUGAUUUCUCUGUGUACAACGCAAAUCUAAAUAUUUUUUGCAUUGUGAGGUUAUUGGUUGAAUUUCCAGCAACUGGAGGUCUAAUCACAUCCUGGCAGUUUCAGACUGUGAAGUUGAUCCAUUAUAUUUCCUCAUUUGAAUUCUUCUUGGGAGCUUGUGAAAUCAUCUUCUGCAUUUUUAUCCUAUAUUACAUAAUAGAGGAAUUCCUAGAGAUACACGUUCUUCACUUAUAUUACUUCCGCAGCCUCUGGAACUGGCUGGAUAUUGUCAUUAUUGGGCUCUCCUUACCAGCUAUUGUAAUACACCUGUACAAGACGUCUGCUGUGGAAGGCCCACUGAAUAAACAAUUGUCUGACCUGAAUGCUUUCCCCAACCUUGAGUCUCUCGCAUACUGGCAGAUACAAUUUAACAAUGUUGCUGCAGUUAUUGUGUUCUUUGCUUGGGUUAAGCUCUUCAAAUUUGCCAACUUCAAUAGAACAAUGACGCAGUUAUCUACAACUAUGUCUCGUUGUGCCAAGGAUAUUCUUGGAUUUGCAAUUAUGUUUUUUAUUAUAUUUUUGGCUUAUGCCCAGUUUGCAUACCUUGUGUUUGGCACCCAGAUUGAUGACUUCAGUACAUUCCAGCAGUGUAUCUUCACCCAGUUCCGUAUAAUUUUGGGAGAUUUCGACUUCUCAGAGAUUGAAGAAGCUAGCCGUAUUUUGGGACCGAUUUACUUUACUACUUUCGUGUUUUUCAUGUUCUUCAUUCUUUUGAACAUGUUUUUGGCUAUAAUCAAUGACACUUAUUCCGAAGUCAAAACCGAUAUGGCUCAGCAAAAAUGCGAAAUGGAGCUAAUCGACCUCAUAAAAAAAGGUUGCAGUAAAGCCAUGGUCAAACUUAAACUGAAAAAAACCACUGUAGAUGAUAUUUCAGAGAGUAUCCGACAAGGUGGUGGGAAGUUGAACUUUGAUGAGUUACGACAAGAUCUAAAAGGAAAAGGACAUACAGAUGCAGAAAUUGAGGCCAUAUUUGCCAAAUAUGACCAGGAUGGCGACCAGGAACUUACAGAAAAUGAACAUCAGCAAAUGAGAGAUGAUCUGGAGAAAGAGAGGGAGGAUCUGGAGAUGGACCGGGGAUCUCUACCUCGCCCCAUGAGUGGUCGCAGCUUUCCCAGGAGUCUGGAUGACUCUGAAGAGGAUGAUGAUGAGGAUAGUGGACAUAGUUCCCGGCGAAGAGGAAGCAGUUCAAGUGGGGUCUCCUAUGAGGAAUUCCAAGUCCUUGUGAGAAGAGUGGAUCGCAUGGAACAUUCCAUUGGAAGUAUUGUCUCCAAAAUAGAUGCUGUAAUUGUCAAGCUAGAAGCAAUGGAAAGGGCCAAGCUAAAACGUAGAGAAGUGCUGGGAAGACUUCUUGAUGGAGUGACAGAGGAUGAAAGGCUGGGCCGUGACAAUGAACUUCACCGAGAACAAAUGGAAAGACUGGUAAGAGAAGAGCUGGAGAGAUGGGAAUCUGAUGACACAGUCUCCCAAAUGAGUCACCGCUUGGGUACCCCUAGUGGCAACAAUGGUCAGGCUCGCUCUAGAGGAUCACGACCUCCAUCUUCCCAGUCUACAGAAGGAAUCGAGGCAGGAACUGUGACUGGUAAUACUGGAAACAGCCAGAUAUAAUUUCUUGAGUGUGAACCAUGAAUGAAAUGCAAGUAUUUUAUCCUGAAAUAUAUAGAAGGGCCCUCACAUACAGGCUUUUCAGUGUGUGUCUGCAGGCUAAAUGCACCAAAACACAUAUAUUGCACAACUUGUCAAAACAUAGAUCUGAAUUCUCUUGUAUGGAACCAGGCAGAAUAAAUUCAAAUCCAUUAUUUUA